AUGGCCCGCGCUCGGACCAAGGCGCGCGCCCGGACCAAGGCGCUCGCCCGGACCAAGGCGCGCGCCCGGACCAAGGCGCGCGCCCGGACCAAGGCGCGCCCCCAGAGCAAGGCGCUCGCCCGGACCAAGGCGCGCGCCCGGACCAAGGCGCGCGCCCGGAGCAAGGCGCACGCCCGGACCAAGGCGCGCACCCGGACCAAGGCGCGCGCCCGGACCAAGGCGCGCGCCCGGACAAAGGCGCGCGCCCGGACCAAGGCGCGCGCCCGGACCAAGGCGCGCCCCCAGAGCAAGGCGCUCGCCCGGACCAAGGCGCGCGCCCGGACCAAGGCGCGCGCCCGGAGCAAGGCGCACGCCCGGACCAAGGCGCGCACCCGGACCAAGGCGCAUCCCCGGACCAAGGCGCGCGCCCGGACCAAGGCGCGCCCCCGGACCAAGGCGCACCCCCGGACCCAGGCGCGCGCCCGGACCAAGGCGCGCGCCCGGACCAAGGCGGCGCCCGGACCAAGGCGGCGCCCGGACCAAGGCACGCCCCCGGACCAAGGCGCGCCCCCGGACCAAGGCGCGCGCCCGGACCAAGGCGCGCGCCCGGACAAAGGCGCGCGCCCGGACCAAGGCGCGCGCCCGGACCAAGGCGCGCGCCCGGACCAAGUGGCGCACCCGGACCAAGUCGCGCGCCCGGACCAAGUCGCGCACCCGGACCAAGUCGCGCGCCCGGAUCAAGUCGCGCGCCCGGACCAAGUCGCACGCCCGGACCAAGUCGCGCCCCCGGAUCAAGGCGCCCCCCUGAACCAAGGUGCGCGCCCGGACCAAGUCGCGCGCCCGGACCAAGGCGCGCGCCCGGACCAAGGCGUGCCCCCGGACCAAGGCGCGCCCCCGGACAAAGGCGCGCGCCCGGACCAAGGCGCGCGCCCGGACCAAGGCGCGCCCCCGGACCAAGGCGCGCCCCCGGACCAAGGCGCGCCCCCGGACCAAGGCGCGCGCCCGGACCAAGGCGCGCGCCUGGACCAAGGCGCGCCCCCGGACCAAGGCGCGCCCCCGGACCAAGGCGCGCCCCCGGACCAAGGCGUGCGACCGGACCAAGGCGCGCGCCCAGACCAAGGCGCGAGCCCGGACCAAGGCGGUUCCCCGGACCAAGGCGGGCGCCCGGACCAAGGCACGCGCCCGGACCAAGGCGCGCGCCCGGACCAAGGCGCGCGGCCGGACCAAGGCGCGCGCCCGGACCAAGGCGCGCGGCCGGACCAAGGCGCGCGCCCGGACCAAGGCGCGCGGCCGGACCAAGGCGCGCGCCCGGACCAAGGCGCGCGCCCGGACCAAGGCGCGCGCCCGGACCAAGGCGGCGCUCGGACCAAUGCGCGCCCCCGGACCAAGGCGCGCCCCUGGACCAAGGCGCGCGCCCGGACCAAGGCGCGCGCCCGGACCAAGCCGCGCGCCCGGACCAAGGCACGCGCCCGGACCAAGGCACGCGCCCGGACCAAGGCGGCGCGCAGACCAAGGCGGCGCCCGGACCAAGGCGGCGCCCGGACCAAGGCGCGCCCCCGGACCAAGGCGCGCCCCCAGACCAAGGCGCGCGCACGGACCAAGGCGCGCGCCCGGACCAAGGCGCGCGCCCGGACCAAGGCGCGCGCCCGGACCAAGGCGCGAGCCCGGACCAAGGCGCGCGCCCGGACCAAGGCGGCGCCCGGACCAAGGCGCGCGCCCGGACCAAGGCGCGCGCCCGGACCAAGUCGCGCGCCCGGACCAAGCGCGCGCAUGGACCAAGCCACGCGCUCGUACCACGGCGCGCGCCCGGACCAAGUCGCGCGCCCGGACCAAGGGGCGCGCCUGGACCAAGGCGCUCGCCCGGACCAAGGCGCGCCUCCGGACCAAGUUGCGCCUCUGGACCAAGGCGCGCGCCCGGACCAAUGUGCGCGCCUGGACCAAGUCGCGCGCCCGGACCAAGUCGCGCGCCCGGACCAAGUCGCGCGCCCGGACCAAGGCGCGCGCCCGGCCAAGGUGCGCGCCCGGAACAAGGCGCGCGCCUGCGCUUGGACCAAGGCGCGCGCCUGCGCCCGGACCAAGCCGCGCGCCCGGACCAAGUCGCGCGCCUGGACCAAGCCGCGCGCCCUGACCAAGGCGCGCGCCUGGACCAAGGCGCGCGCCCGGACCAAGUCGCGCGCUUGGACCAUGUCGCGCGCCUGGACCAAGGUGCGCGCCUGGACCAAGUCGCGCGCCUGGACCAAGUCGCGCGCUUGGAUCAAGUCGCACGCCUGCACCAAGUCGCGCGCCUGGACCUAG